AUGUCACUUGAUUGUGAACAAGACGAGGUCCUUUCAAGAGAGGUGGAAACUGUCAUUUCUAUUUUUCCAGGAAUAGUGAGACAAGAGGCCGAUGUAUUAAGAGUGACAAUUAAGACCGAACUCACCAAUCCAAUUGAAGUCGUUUUUGUCGAGGACGAAUUCAUUCAACGUCCUUACAAAGACAAGAAGAGUGCUUUUCUCACAACGUUGUCAGACAUCACACUUGACAUUCCAACAGAUCCUCCUCUCCAAGACGGGGAGCUUCCCGACUUUGUAGUUCACUGUGACUGGAUUCCACCACCAGUUGCUUCUGAAAUAAUCAAAGAAAUGUUAGAUGAGUACGACACGAGUGGUGGGGUUGGUUUUGUGUUCAGUUGGGUGUCUU